GGGCUUCUCAGCCGUGUGCACGUAGUGUCUUCUAGCGUGUCUUGUUCGGUAGCCACACGCACUAGUACCUUGCUGUCUAUCAGAUAUUCUCUGGAACUUCUACCGCGUUCUAUCCGGGUAACCUGCGAUGCCUCCGUCGGCACGUCUCACACUAUGAUUCAGGUCCCUGGCAUGGCAGAAUCCGUUACCAGUUCUCCAUAAAAUAAUCCAUCGGAGGCUAUUUCCAAGACCCUUCUUUAACCAUACACACAUAUACAUAUCAUGUCUAAUAACGAUUGGGAUUCUGUUACCAUUAUUGGUAGAAACGCUAGAGUCGGUGGCGGUGGUCCACGUCAGACCGUUGCCAGAACUGCUGGUGAGAUCAACGCCGCCAGAAGAACCGGUGGCGUUGUCUCCGUUGACAAGAAGUACAGCACCGGUAACACCAAGGGUGAUCCAGAAGGCCAGAGAUUGACCAAGAUUGACAGAGAAAACGAGGUUGCCCCACCAAAGAAGGUUGACCAGUCUGUUGGUAAGGCCAUUGCCCAGGGUAGACAGGAAAAGAAGAUGACGCAGAAGGACUUGGCCACCAAAAUUAACGAAAAGCCAAACGUCAUUAACGACUACGAAGCCGGUAGAGCCGUUCCCAACCAACAGUUGUUGGGGAAGAUGGAGAGAGCCUUGGGGGUCAAGUUGAGAGGUAAGGGCAUCGGUGAGCCAUUGCACGCUAAGAAGUAAACAGCAUACCCUUAUACAUUUGUUUAUUACGAAAUCUUUUAACGCCUUCUUGACGAAUCUAUAUCACAAUUGAUAGUUUGUAGAGCUAGGCGACUUUACCCAAAGCGUAGACCCAUGGGAGUAUUUACUGUGUCUAAUUUGAGGGGUAUCUAAUUUGUAAACCAUCUGGCUGGUCAAUCUGAAAUGCGGAGCAAAUCCAUACAGAGUUUUACUUUCAAGGCCAAGUCUGGUUUUCGAAUGUAGAUGCAUUUUGGUGGCAAAACCUAUUUCACCUUAGAUCGGAUACCCCAGGCGUUGUUAUUGCCCUUCAAUAUCCAUGUGAGUUCUGGCCAA